AUGAAGUUUCUCUGCCUCCCAGGAGGCUACUGCAGUGCCAAGGCUCUCAAAACACAGCUAGAAUUUGCCGGGUUUUUCGGUCCGCCGCCGAACUAUACCUUCAUGGAGGUCAAUGGGCUUGCGAUCCAGGCGAACAUACGCGACUUCCCAAGACGCGACACCCCAGAAGAGGCAAUCAAAGCCGCUGUGCAGGCGGCAGGUGAUCCCUCAUUCCCGUGUAUCACUGAGGUCAUGGACCGUCUGGUUGGCAUUCUUGACAGUGACGACGACAUUGGUGGUGUGAUUGGCUUCUCGGAGGGUGCCCAGACUGCCGCAUCACUUAUUCUUGAAGAGCGAAGAAGGGAGAGUGAACAUGGUCGGAUCCCUCGACUUAAAUGCGCAAUUAUGUUCGGCGGAUGGCCACCGGUGCACCCGAUGACUGGCAAGGUUGUUACGGCGGACGACUAUUAUGAAGUACCGAUCACUAUUCCCACCUGUCAUGUUGUCGGUGCGGCGGAUCCGUUCCUUGACGGGUCAAUGGCACUGUACAAUAUGUGCGAUCCAGAUACCGCUGAUCUGUUUGAUCAUGGAGCGGGACAUUUAAUUCCAAGAAAAAAGCAGACUGCCGACGAGAUUGCUGUAGUUGUGCGCGAGAUGAUCAACUCUGUGGCUUGA